AUGACAGAUACAGCACCCGCAGAGCAUACCACAGAGAAGACGCCCGCGGAGGGAACACAGCCCGCAAAAGAAGAGGAAGCAGCCCCAGCGCCGCCAGUUAAACAAACAAAAUCCAUCUACUUGACCGGCUUUGGAGGGCCGAAAUAUGUGCGCGUUCAGGCCAAAGACCAGAAGACGGUUGGGAAGGGAGAGAUAGCCGUGGAAGUUGAAGCUUGUGGCGUCGGUUUCCUUGACGUGAUGACAAGACAGGGAUUGCUGGAGGUUACCGGAAAGCCGCCAUUCGUGAUGGGCAGUGAGUGCUGUGGCAAGGUCUCGGAGGUCGGCGAGGGUGUUACCAAAUACAAAGUGAGUAUUCCCUGCCCAAUAGCUGUCACUUCCUUGACCUCCUUAUUGUCGGGAUAA